UCUUCCGAUGCAGUCCGGGCUGAAAACAGUUGUUGGCAGAUGUGGGAAAAUGUUCGAUAAGUGCAGAGGUACGAUCCUGUCGGCGCUGGCAGUCGUGUGUAUCAACUUCACGGGAUCCAGGGCAUUCGACGUUUACUGGAACAUCCCGACGUUCAUGUGCAACCAGUAUCAGAUGGACUUCUCCGGUGUGGGGCUAGCCUACGGUGUGAAUCAGAACGGCAACGAUUCGUUCCGGGGCAACGUCAUCUCCAUCCUGUACGAUCCGGGAAAGUUUCCGGCCCUGCUGGAGAAAAGUUCCACCCGGGUGCUGUACAAGCGAAACGGAGGCGUCCCCCAGGAGGGCAAUUUGACCGAGCAUCUGGAAAUUUUCCGAGCCCAUGUCAGUGAGCUGGUAACAGAUGCCAACUUUUCCGGAGUGGGUUGCAUUGAUUUCGAAUCAUGGCGACCUAUUUUCCGGCAGAACUUCGGCUCGCUGCAACCCUACAAGGACCUAUCGAUGAAGAUCGAACGGGAAAGGCAUCCCAACUGGCCGGAAAAAUGGCUCGAGGCGGAGGCAACUAAACGAUUCGAAGCAACAGGCCAGGACUUCAUGGCUCGUACCUUGGUGCUGGCGAAGCAGCUGCGACCCCGGGCGGCCUGGGGCUAUUACGCCUUUCCGUAUUGUUUCAACAUGAACGGAGGAGCUAACCACCAGCAGCGGGAGGACUGCUCGCCGGAAGUACAACGGGAAAAUGACCGAAUUCAGUGGCUGUUUGACGGUUCGGACGUAAUCUUUCCGUCGGUGUAUCUCCGGGAAAAGCUCAACCCCGGCGACCGGCAGAAGCUGGUGCGCGGUCGGGUGAAGGAAGCCCUAAGGGUUGCCCGCCGGGCGAAGGCGCAACCCAAGCCCCGAGUGCUGACGUACAUUCGGUACGUCUACACGGACAGCAUCAACUACUUGACGGAGUCGGACUGGAUCAAUGCCCUGCACGCAAUGAAGCAGUUUGGAUCUGACGGAGUCAUUCUAUGGGGUAGUUCAUACGAUCUCAAUUCAAGACAAAAAUGUACAAAUUUCAAAACUUAUUUGGACAACACCCUAGGUCCAAUCCUGCAAUCCCUCCAGCAGCGAUACUUCGUCGAAGCUCUGAAAAUAAAUGAGGAUCUCCAAACAUGAAAGCACAGGUCGAAUAGAGAGAGAGAAAAAAACCAACAGCAACAGUAUUCCGCCAGUCGAAAAAAUUACCUACGCCGAAUGUGAUCAUGCCAAUUCCAAUCACCAAAUGUAUAGUCUAUAAGUCACCUAGGGUUAAUGCAAACGUUCAACUUUAUUUAUUAGCAGCAGGCAUCUUUAAAAUAAAAUUUCGCGUGAGUGACUUUGA